AUGAGGAAUCUUUUACACUCUCUCUCUCUCACACUCUCUCUAACACACUCUCUCUCACUCUCUCACACACUCUCUCUCUCUCUCGUUGAGAAUUUUCUUUUCCUUUCGAAUUUAAGGAUUACUCCUAGCUGUCAGCCUCAAGUGAUUGUUGAAAAAUUUAGUGUAGGUGGAACCUUUUUCUCAUUCCUGGUUUUCCUGGUGCUAAUCUUUCUCUUGGAGGUUGCUGGUGUAGCCUACUGCUGUGUAAUGAGAGAAGAGGGCUGUGGUCAUGCAAUUGUCAACUUAGUUGAACAACACCUCUUACCAAUCACAGGAAUAGUCAUUGCUAUACUUGCUUUGCAACUUUUUGGAUUCCUUUUCAUUGUGCUGCUCAUUUGUUACCUGCGGAAACCUCCACCCCAACAACCAGAUGACGUGGUAUAUGAGAUGGCCCGUACCCAGGAGAAGGCUCCAUAUCCCACCCGUGGAAACACUUAUUCAAAUUUGAUGUGUGCCCCUUAUUAUGUGGAUGAGGGUCACUGCACGUAG